AAUUAUCAUAUAUUUUUAGUUUUUUACUACUAUUAAAAUUUUGAAAUUUUCGAAAUUUUAAUAUAUAAAAUUUCAAAUUUUUUUAGAAAUUUUAUAAAUUUAAUAUAUAAUUAAUUUUUAAAUAUAUUCUUUAAAUAAUUUAAAUAUAUAUUUAAUUUUUUAAAUAAAUUAUAUUUUUUAAAACACUUAUUAUUUUCGAAAUUUUUGAAAAUCUAAUAUAUAAAAUUUUGAAUUUUUUUUAAAUUUUCGAAAUUUAAUAUAUUAAUUCUUUUUAAUAUCAAAAAAUAUGUAUAUUAAAAUGUCGAGAGAGUCCGGUAGAAGGUCCGUGGAUAUGGGCUCCGUGAACCGAAGUUUGAGGAAAGGCAAAGCUAAAGCCACCUCCGAUGGUUCGACCUCACGCGGUUCUCGAGGAAGACACUCUGUCUCUUCCAUUCCUGCUAUCCCCGAUCAAUUCAUCGGGGACGGUAUGACGGAUGAAGAAUUUGACCAGAUUUAUUCUGGUAGAGGGGACGCGAAUCUCCUCACUCUUGAUAGUUUAUUCGAGGAUGUUGAUGAAGCAGCACUGGAUAAUCUGGACGGGGACAAGGAGCCUACACCGCACAGCAAUGACGUCGACGUGGAGGCAGGUGAGCCUGAGACCUCUCGAGGUUUGGACAAAGAAGAAACAGCACUACCUCCGCCCCCCAAAUCAAAAAAAGGUUUUAAAGGAAUAGUCAGUGGGCUUCUUGCAAAGAAAGGGAAGCGUGCUCAGCCUUCGACGAGUUCAAGUGAUACAACAGUAAGCUCGCACAACGAACUUGCUAUGAACCAAUGGGUGCCAUGCGAUUACGACGACGACGACGUGGAGUUUGACGUCCUCGGAUGGUGGAAGCGGAACGAACACAUGUUCCCAUGUCUCGGAAUGCUAGCAAGACAAGUCUUGUCCGUCCCGGUAUCAACCGUAGCAGUUGAACGAGAAUUCAGUGCUGGCGGCAACAUUCUAACCGACUACCGAAGUUGUCUUAAAGCUGAAUCUCUUGAAACACUUGUUUGCACCCAAGAUUUGCUCUUGGCAAGACGUCGAGCUCAAGAGUCAUCGUACCAACUCGAUUCGGAGCAUUACAUGAAUGUAACCACAGAUGGAAGUCCGAGUUCUGAAGAAUAAGUUAUAAACUUUUUUUAUGUUAAUGUAAAUAUGUAAUUAGUUUUUUUAGGUGAGCGAUAUAUGAGCUCUUUCGAGGGUUUUUUUAUGGUUAUUUACCUCGUCGCUUUUUUUGAACCGUCAGGAUAUUAAAUGUAGUUGUUCUUC